AUGUCGAGUAAACAUAUUGUUGUUGUAGGAGCCGGCAUACUUGGUUUAACAACGGCGUUAACAUUAUGUGAAAGCCUUUCAUCCGAUUAUCAAAUCACUGUAAUUGCACGAUGGGGUCCUCACAAUCCGACAAUGGACGCUUCAUUAACAAUGUCCAAUGAAUAUACAUCGCCUUGGGCAGGCGCUCAUUUCCGGCCAUUCCCCAGUGCUACUCAAAAAGAUUACUUUGAGAUGAAAAUGACGAGGGAAACAAUGAAGUAUUUCAAGAAAGUAUCUCAAACAAACCCCGAAAGUUCAAUACGAUUUGUUCAAGGUAUAGAGUACUUGCAAAACCCCAGCGAUUUAUAUAAAAAUUGUGCACCGGGGUAUUGUGAAGAAAUGUCUAAUUUUGCUCAAUUUAGUGAUCCUAGAGGGUUCUUGGGGGUUAAAUAUGAUACUUGGAUUGUUAAUUCUGCAAUAUAUUUGCAAUACCUUUAUAGAAAAUUGCUUGUUGAGCACAGUGUUAAAUUUAUAACCGCUGAAUUGAAUUCCUUGCAAGAUAUCAAUAAGUUUGUUUUUGGUAGACCAAUUAUAGUCAAUUGCAGUGGUACAGGAUUAAACUACUAUGGUGGAAACGACCCCAAAUAUAUACCCGUACGUGGCCAAACUUUACUAAUCAAUCCACCAAAGGAGUGUCCAUAUAUGGAUAAAACAAUAACGUAUCAGCUAGCUGACGGGUCUUGGAUAUUUGUCAUUCCUAGACCCUUGAAUGGUGGUAUUAUACUAGGAGGUACAAAACAAGUAGGCGACACUUGCCUCAAAAUUCGUGAAAGUGAUAGUAAACAUUUACUUCAAUUGGGCAAAAAAUACUUUCCAGACUUGAUGAAAGCCACACCACUGGGUGAAAAGUAUUUUGAUAUCAUCCGAAUUAAUGUUGGAUUAAGACCAAUGAGGCGCGGUGGAUUAAAAGUUGAUCUUGAGAAACAUAACGGACAAUUUGUUGUUAAUAAUUAUGGUGCUGGUGGAAUGGGAUACGAGUUGAGUUAUGGAUCAAGUUUAAAAGUUCUUGAAUUAGUAAAUAGCGCAAUUACAAAGUCAAAGCUAUGA